UGUAAGUAAAAUGAUCAUAUAUAUCAACUACAAAGCAAAUCUGCUAAGUGUUUCCCGAGCACAACAAUGUGGAGGACAUUGAAGCAUUUCCUCCUCUUUGCACUGCAGCUUGGUGGUUUUGCUCUCAAUCUCAUGCUCCUUGUUCAUUGCCAAGAUGAUCAAUCAGGUUUCAUUAGCAUUGAUUGCGGCCUAGGAAAAAAUUCUAGCUAUAUUGAAAAGACAACAGGCAUUCACUAUAUUUCAGAUGAAAGCUUCAUCAACGCCAAUGAAAGUAGGGUGGUUGUAUUGAACGAUCAGCGAGAUAAGAUGCAGCCGUACUGGUCUCUUAGGGCUUUUCCAAAAGGAACUCGGAACUGCUACAAAAUAAAUGUUAAAAAGGGAACCAAAUAUUUGAUCCGAGCAAGUUUCUUAUAUGGGAAUUAUGACGACCAGUAUAGAUUGCCAGAAUUCCAACUGCAUCUUGGGCCUAAUUUGUGGGAUUCAGUGAAGUUGGAGAAUGUCUCCACCGUCACAAACAAAGAGCUCAUACACGUCCCUCUGCGAAACUAUAUACACGUUUGUUUGGUGAACACAAGCAAAGGGGUUCCAUUUGUAUCAGCCAUAGAGCUAAGGACUUUGCCUAAUAAUACUUAUAUAGCAAAGGCAGGGUCCUUGGCACUUGAUUCGCGAUAUGACACUGGUCAAGUAGCAAAGCGAGCGUAUAGGUAUCCAGAUGAUAUACACGAUCGCUUCUGGUAUGGCUAUGACCGCGAUGAGUGGACACAAUUAAACACCUCGUCCGCCAUAGAUAACAAUGGUUUCGAAACACCACCUGUAGUGAUGACUACUGCUGCCACGCCAAAAAAUGUAGAUGAUUCUUUGAAUAUUUUCUGGCAGCCUUCUGAUAACAGUGGAAAAUAUUAUGUUUACAUGCACUUUGCAGAAGUUGAAAAGCUCCAAGGCAACGAGUCUAGACAGCUUUACAUUACUACGAACGGAAAGCCCUAUUUUGGGCCAUUUGCUCCUGCCUACUUGUCUGUAAAUACGAUUUUUAGCGUGUCAGAUUGGAGCGGAGGACAAUAUAUUACUCUUUCAAUCUCUAAGGGUGGGAACUCUACCCUCCCACCGAUCCUUAAUGCUUUCGAGACCUAUAUGGUCAAAGACUUCUCAGAACCAGAAACAAACCAACAAGAUGUGAAUGCAAUCACAAACAUCAAGUCAGCACAUAACAUCAAAAGGAAUUGGCAAGGAGAUCCCUGCAGCCCUCAAGUUUACUCAUGGGAAGGUCUAAAUUGUACUUAUUAUGAAAAUGGCCAGCAGCCAAGAAUAACAUCCUUGAACUUGUCUUCAAGUGGAUUAACAGGGGAGAUAUCUCCAAGUAUAUCCAAUCUCACCAUGAUACAAACUUUGGAUUUAUCGAACAACAAAUUAACGGGAUCAAUUCCAGAAUUUCUGUCUCACCUGCCAAAGUUAACCAUCUUAAAGUUGGACAAAAACAAUCUCACAGGUUCUGUUCCAAAAGGACUCAUUCAAAGAAGGAAGGAUGGUUUUCUAUCAUUCAGUUUCUGCGAAAAUCCAAAUCAAUCCGAACAAGUCCCUUGCGAACUAAAGAAGAAACACCGUACCAAUAUUCACCUAGCGGUGUAUAUCCUUGGAUUCUUCAUUCUCUUAUCAACAAUAUUAGCUGUCUUAUGGGUGGUCUUUAAAAAGAAAAGACAACAUGAGAUGAUGAAGAAUUUCAACAAAAAUGAAUUUUUGGAGUCACAAGGUCAACGGUUUACAUACUCAGAGAUUGUGAAGAUUACCAAUAAUUUUGCAUCAAACCUUGGUACUCUGAAAAAUGAGACUCAAGUUGCCGUGAAGUUACUCGGUUCAUCAAGGCAAGGCUCAAAUGAAUUUCGAAAUGAGGUUAUACUUUUAAUGAGUGCUCAUCAUAGAAACUUGGUUUCUCUCAUUGGUUACUGCGAUGAAGGUGACACUAUGGCCCUUGUUUAUGACUACGUAGCCAAUGGAAACUUGGAACAACAUAUUUCAUCUGAUGUAGGUAAAAACGUUUUGACUUGGAAAGAGAGGCUUCAAAUUGCAAUAGAUGCCGCACGAGGACUGGAAUAUUUACACAAUGGUUGCAAGCCACCUAUUGUGCAUAGAGAUCUAAAGACAUCCAAUAUCUUAUUGAAUGAAAAGUUACAAGCUAAGAUAGCUGACUUUGGUCUUUCUAAAGGUCUUGCAACUGAAAGUGCCACUCAUGUAUCAACCGCGGCCAAAGGAACAUUUGGAUACCUGGAUCCUGAAUAUUGCAGUACUGGACAACUUAACAAAAAGAGUGACAUAUACAGCUUUGGGAUUGUGUUGCUAGAGCUCAUAACAGGUAGAGCAGCAAUAAUAAGAGAUUUGGAACAAUUACCUAUUCACAUAUGUCAAUGGGUGAGGCCUAAAUUUGAGAAGAUCGAAAUCGAAAUUGAAAGCAUUGUGGAUUCAAGAAUACAAGGAACCUUCCUCAACUCUUCUGCUAAAAAAUCCAUAGAAAUUGCCAUGGCAUGUGUGUCUUCAACAUCAAUCCAAAGGCCCGAUAUAACUGUUGUGUUUAAUGAUUUAAUUGAGAUGCCUUCUGAAAUAACAAAGAUUACAGAAGCUUAUGAGAGCGAUGAGAGUGAUGAUACAAUCAGUUCAAGCGGCUCAAUUAUAUAUAAAGACCUCCCACAUCAGGUCUGA